ACCCCCAGCCCCAUUGUUGAAUUUUCAUGGCCAAUCCAUGAAUUUUCAACCUGGUCUCUUUGGAAAAGUCAAAAAUGGUUAGUGGAAAAAAUAAGUUUGUUUAGAAAUCUUGGAGAUUGGGAAGCUUUUCAGACCAUUAUGGAUAUUUCUCAAGGAAAGGUUUUCUCUUCCUUACUGUUGUUUUUGCUUUUCAUUGUAGACCUUGGAGAAGGCCACAAUAGGUGUCCCCAAUUACGGUGUAGAGAAGAUGGCCCAGCCAUACGUUUUCCUUUCCGACUCAAAGACAGGCAGCCAGACCAGUACUGUGGCUAUCCUGGCUUUGAUCUGUACUGCAAUGAUAAAAAUGAUACGGUGCUUGAGCUGCCUACUUCAGUAAAAGCCUUUGUUAAACACAUUGAUUACAAAUCUCAGUUAAUUAUAGUAACUGACUCAGAUAAUUGCUUUCCACGGAAAAUUCAGGGAAUCAAUUUAUCUUCCCCUCCUUUCCAAUUCUACGACCGCAAAGUCGAUUAUUAUCUUUCUGACUAUGGCCUUUUCAAUUGUACACCAGAAACAGAUACAGAUUCUUCUGAUCUGAUCCCUUGUCUUAGUAGCAGUCGCCACCCAGUUUAUGCUUUUUCUUCGUUUGCUUACGUCGAACGGGUGCCGAUAUUAUCAUGUACAAAGAUGUAUAGCGUUUCAUCAGUUCCAUCUGAUAUAUGGAAUUCUCCUUUUCUUGAAUUGACAUGGUCCGAACCGGCCAAGUGCGGACGCUGUGAAAGGAAAGGCAAGAAAUGUAGAUUCCAGAAUAAUAGCACUGAUUUCAACAUUGAGUGCUUCAACCCCGAAAAAAACAAAGGUAGAUCAACAAUAAUAGUGACUACUGUUUCCUUCUUGGGGUUAUUUCUUUUGGCACUAGCGGUUUAUGCAUUCUACCAUGUAUAUCACUAUGACAAAACAGAAAAAGAAAAUCAAGCAAGGAUUGAAAAGUUUUUGGAGGAUUACAAAGCUCUCAAGCCCACAAGGUACUCAUAUGCCGAUGUUAAAAGGAUUACAAAUCAAUUAGCAGAGAAGUUAGGUCAAGGAGCUUAUGGAACAGUGUUCAAGGGUAAGCUUUCUAGCGAAAUCUAUGUUGCCGUGAAGAUCCUAAACAUUUUCAAGGGAGAUGGGGAAGAAUUCAUAAAUGAAGUGGGAACAAUGGGUACAAUUCACCAUGUUAAUGUGGUUCGCUUGGUUGGCUUUUGUGCUGAUGGAUGUAGAAGAGCUUUAGUUUAUGAGUUCUUACCAAAUGAUUCACUAGAUAAGUUCAUUUCCUCAGCAGAUUCUAAUAGUUUCCUUGGUUGGGAAAAGCUACAAGACAUUGCUCUUGGCAUAGCAAAAGGAAUUGAAUAUCUUCACCAAGGAUGUGAUCAACAAAUCCUCCAUUUUGAUAUUAAACCUCAUAAUAUUUUGCUAGACCAAAAUUUCAAUCCAAAAAUUUCUGAUUUUGGUCUAGCCAAGUUGUGUGCAAAGGAUCAGAGUGCAGUGUCCAUGACCGCAGCCAGGGGAACCAUUGGCUACAUUGCGCCUGAAGUGUUCUCUAGGAACUUUGGGAAAGUGUCUUACAAAUCAGAUAUUUAUAGUUUUGGAAUAUUGUUGCUUGAAAUGGUUGGUGGGAGGAAAAAUGUUGAUGAAAAUGUGGAGACCACUAAUCAAAUAUAUUUCCCAGAAUGGAUCUACAAUAUAUUAGAGCAAAAGGAAGACCUACGAGUCUAUUUUGAGGAUAGUGGAGAUGCUAAAAUUGCAAAAAAAUUAGCUAUUGUGGGACUUUGGUGCAUCCAAUGGCACCCAAUAGAUCGCCCUUCCAUGAAAGUCGUGGUUCAAAUGUUGGAGGGAAAAGGAGAUAAGUUAACCAUGCCUCCUAAUCCCUUUGCCUCUACAAACACGACAAGAGUCGAUGCAAGUAUGCCUGCAAGGCGUCUAAACCAAGAGUUAGAAGUCAUCCCAGAAUUAGACUAAGUAUUUGAAUGACAAUAUAAGUUGUUGUACUUGAGGAUUGAAAUUAUUAAUAUUGUAGUCAUUGUAGAGAGAAAUUUUUAAUUUCCUUGCUGAGGUAAGAAAAAAUAUAAGGUUUAAAUUUUUAUAUUUUAUUUUUAUAAUUUUCACAAAUUUUUUUUUUUUUAAAUAAGACUUUAUUCCUUAUUUUGGGGA